AUGGCAUCGUGGCAUCGACAGCAAGAUACAGCUCCGUACGAAACGGCUGAAUUCAUCGUAAGUGGUAUUAUUCCUAUAGUUCUUAUUGUAAUUGGAACGAUCGGCAAUUUUACAUGUAUCGCUAUUUUACUUAACAAACAAAAUCGUGAAGCAUCAACGAAUAUCUAUUUGAUGUUUUUGUGUCUAAUGGAUACGAUAUCACUUUAUCAGUGGAAUUUAAAUCAUGUCUUUUAUACAAUGACAAACGGUAAACGGAAAGUAUUUGGACGAUCGAUUAUUCUUUGCAAGUUUGGUCAAUUUUUUGGAUUUUAUACUUUACAUACAUCAGCUAUGUUUCUCACCUUUGUACAACUCGACCGUGCUUUUCUAUUACGUAGUCGAUGGUAUAAAGCAAAAAUAGCGCAUCCACGUGUAGCAUUAAUUAUUUGUGCUAUUAUUCUGAUCACUUUAUUUGGAUUGAAUGGAUUUUUAUUUGGAUUAGGUUUCGAAUAUUCUAAGUAUAACAAUAGUACGGGAACAGAAGAAAUACGUGUCGCAUGUUAUUAUUCAAAAGAUUCGAAGCUUGAUAAUUUCUUUCGUGUGCAAUAUACCUGGAUUCAUCUCGUAGUCAUGUAUAUUGUGCCGUUUAGUGUCAUUAUUUUUUGUACAUUACUCAUAGUUAAAAAGAUAAUUAUUAAACAAACAUUUACGAAUGAUCAACUAGCAAUGAGUGCACAACGCAACCGUCGUAUUUCUAUAAUGCUUUUAUUCAUGUGUUUUACCUAUAUAAUUACUACGUUGCCUAAUCGUCUUUGUUUCUCAGUGUUUGAGAAGCAGCUGGUUGGUCAUGAUUAUACAGAUACAGUAUUUCUUGCUACGAACACUUUGAUGUACACGAGAAAUUCUCUCAAUGCAUUUUUUCUCUAUCUAUCGGUAAAUUGUUUUCGGCGUGAUGUGCGUCGAUUACUACUGAUAUGUUGGAGAAAAUUAACCGGUCAACCGAUUCUUCAGGAAAACAACGCCAAUGAACAUGUUGGCAGAAUGAAAACAUUUCGUGAACCACUAAAAACAGUAGUAAAUACAAUGCCAAUCAAAAAAACUACGCAAUUAUGA